CACGGGACUGGCUUGAUUCACUUCUCAUUACCAAAACUACGUGGCUAGUUUGUUAAAAGGGUCACUGUCCAUCGCUGUCCAGGCCAGUGUUUCAUGUGCAUGGUGGACGUGGUGCCAGUUAAGAACGAGGAUGGCGUGGUGAUCAUGUUUAUCCUGAACUUUGAAGUCAUGACUGAAGAGACACUUAAGGACCACAAACGGGAGCUGAAUCAUCGCCUGCCCACCUGGCUUGUUACAGGUCGUCCACGAGGCUUCAAGUUGCGUUUCCCUCAGCUCCGCUCCCUGUCCAACAGUAAAGCAUCACUGGAUGACGCAGAGGCUGGUCACAUUCCCACAGCUACACCCCUGUCGCUACCCCCAGACCACAGUCCAGAGUCCUUGGGUCUGGGCGAGUUCCUCCCCCUGCCCCCCUUGCCACCAGACCACCAGGAACAGCUCAGUGGAAGCAGGUUAGCUCUUCGGAAUUGGCCAGAGGAUCGCCAGGAGGAUCAACGCACACUUCUGUGCUUAGAGACUCCCAUGUCCUUCCCUCGGCUCUCUCCCCACGGAAGCCACCUGGUCGGGCCCCUCAACCUGUCAACCCCGUGCGUUGUGGCACGGCACCACCUCAGCCUCAACCAGGACAACUCCUGCUCCAACUGCUCCCUGAUGCACAGCCGCUCGCGGGAAAGCUUCCACAGCAUGCGUCGCGCCUCCUCCGUGGAUGAGAUCGAGGCCUUGAGGCCCGAGUGGGACCUGAAAAACCGGAGGGCCAGCGUCCGGCCAUCCAGCAGCAGCACCGGUGCAGUGAACAGCAAGGCUAACAUACUGAACUCUACUUCAGACUCGGACCUCAUGCGGUACCGGGCGAUAUCCAAAAUCCCCCAAAUCACCCUCAACUUUGUGGACUUCAAACCAGACCCCCUCAUUACCCUGCCCUCUGGAGAGAUGGACAUCAUAGCCCCCUGCAAGCUUAUUGACAGGACACACAACGUCACAGAGAAGGUCACACAGGUAGGACACCAUCCAUGAGGGCAAUGGUGGCACAUCGCUGGCUUGAAUCAGGUGUUUUGAUAUGGACUGACUAGAUCUGUCUUCUGUGAUGCACUCUAACUGAAGUCAGAGGUGUCACCAAACCUGUCUAUACAUGAGUUUACAUUUUGCACCUGCAAGCUACUUCCACCUGCUGCCAGAGGGAGCAGAGUAGAUUGCUUGUAACACCUAAUGAGAUGCAUUAGAUUGUGAUUGAACUUUGACGAGAAGAUUACUGGCAUCUUAGCAGAAUCACAGUUACUUAACUUACCACUAAAGGAUAUCUGGGAUUCUUUUUUGUAAGAACUUUCAUUUAAGUCUCUCACAUAACUCUCAUGCUCCA